AUGGCACCGAAGAAUUUUAAUAACGAAUUAGAUUUCUACCUUGUUGAGGAAGUUGAACGACGCCCGAUGCUUUGGGACUGCACAUUAGAUGUUUAUAGAAGAAACGACUUGAAGAAAAAUGCUUGGGAACAAAUCGCGACGGCUUUGGGGCCCAACUUUACCAGCGAUUCUGUCGCAGAUAGAUGGAAAAAUAUUAAACAAACUUUUAUGAGUAACCAUAAAAAAGUCAGGGAGUCCAAAAACAAGUGCAGUGGAGCGGACGGGGACGGCAUUUAUGCACCCAAGUGGCACUUAUACAAUAAGCUUCUCUUUCUUGAAAAAGCCUGUGUUCAGGCAGAAUCCUCGUCAAAUCUGGAACCAGCAGUCUGGAAUGAGAGGGCUACGAAUACAGAAUCGAUGGUAUCUAUCUACUUUGAUGAAAAUCUGCAGCGGUUUUCAAUGAUCCCUGCUGAUGAUCCGGACAAUGAUUUGCAAGCUGUGGGUGAGGAUGCUGCAACAAUUGUAUCUAAUCCUACACCAUCAAUUUCUCCGGUUACCAAUUCCUCUUUUACAUCUUCAUCUUUGACGAGUCCUCCACCUACGUCCCAUUCAAGCGCCAACAGUCCUCGACUUUUGACUUCAUCUGUGAUUGUCCCUCCUCCUCGCCCAGCAUCUGCCCCUUGCAACAAUUUGUACGAAAACAGAGGAACCAAACGAAAGUCAACUGCCAUCAUGGAGGAAGCAAUUAAUCUAAUGCAAAAAGUCAGUCAGCCACUGCCUCCUCCUCCACAAGAUGAUGCGGACAUUUUUGGCAAUCUCGUUGCAACUCGUCUUCGAGGUUUAAAACAAGAAAAACGAAAAGAAUGUGAAAAUGAGAUUUUGAUAGUUCUUACUAGAUAUUAA